GGUCAUGAUCUAUUGUUAUUCAUGUUUUCGGUAUAGCUGUUGUAUCGAAGGACCCCGACGAUCUUUAGAAGUGAAUUUCAGAGAAUUUGAUAGAUUAGAAACAGCAAAAAUUGAUCGAUUUGAUAAGGCGGAGAUUUACGAAGCUUUCUCUUUUUCACGAUGAAUGACGAUUAUGAGAUUGAGCAGAAGAAGCAAAGUGCUGCUGAUGUCACGUUUCAAUACUCAAAUUUUGUAAUGGCAUGUAUUGGGUUUCAAGCCCGACCUUGUGACAUGAGAUUGCAUUUAAUGAAGGAGAUAUCGGGGAUGCCGACAUCCCUUAAGAGGGAUACAUCCCAAGUAGCCGUUGCCUCUUCGGAUGCAAUGGGGGAAACAUCGAGCUCAGGGACUGCAAGACUUGAUAAAGCUGAUAGUUUUCGUGCUUUAUAGAUCUUGAUUUAUAUUUGUAGAUUGAUUUUUUUAAUGUUUAAGACUAUUUGUAUAGUUGUUUUGAGAGUUUGUUAUUUAAAUUGAUGGGAAAAUUUGAAUUCUAUUCAAGAUUGAUUAACAUCUA